AUGUUGGUCGGACUAGUAUAUGAUAUCAUAUUCUUAUGCAUAUCUUUUAUAAUAUAUUUUACAUAUCAUGUAUAUCUAUUCAUUCGAGUCAAGAAUUCAAAGACAUCUCACUUAACGUGGAUCGGAAGAAAUGACUCUUAUAAGAGGCAGUGGAUUGAACUAAUGGUAUCUGGUAAAAAGGAUAUACUUGCAGUUCAAACACUUAGGAACAUGGUGAUGGCAUCAUCACUAUUAGCAACAGCGUCGAUUACACUUGUAGUACUACUACUGAAUAUAUUGGUGUCAAACAAUCUAUCCAAUGUAUUUGAUCAGAUCAGUAUCAUUGGAGCAACAAACUCUAGGAUAUUGGUAUACAAAUCAUUCCUUCUGAUUCUGGUGUUCCUAUUUGCCUUUCUCAACUUUGCCACAGCGAUACGAUACACAACGCAUCUGGCAUUCCUUAUCAAUGUGGCACCCUAUCAUUCAGAGUGCACACCAAGGUACUUGAACAAGAUAAUGCACAAUGCCAGCAAUCAUCAUACGUUUGGUGUUAGGUCAUUCUACUUCUCCCUACCUGUCAUUCUAUGGUUCUUUGAUCCAAUAUUUCUAUUAACAGGUACAUUGAUGCUAACCGUUUGGCUAUACUUUGGAGAUAUAUCCGAUCUAAUUAUACCAAUUGAAGAAAAGAAGAACAAGUCAAAAAGAUCUUCAGAUACUGAUCUAGAGGCUUUAGAACUACCAUCAAGUGGUGCUGGUGCUGCUGUGUCCGAAGCA